GUUCCGAAACAAGCCCAGCUUAGACCAACAGCCGAACCAAACCGCCGCUGCACGUACGUGUUUUAAUCGCGUAACCGGGCGGACUCGGGAAAGCCGACAGCCGGAGUAGAUUUCUGUUUGGUCUGUGUCUGUGAGGAGCGGGCUGUGUGCUGGACAGGCAGAGACGCUGUCGGAGCGUGGCGACAGCGCCAGCUGUGAGCUCUGAGGAUGAUGAGGGCUCCGAGCAGCCCCAGCCCUGAGCUGCGAGGAUGAGGAGGGGGCGGCUCCUGCCGGGAGGAGGCUGUUUUAGGGGGGAAGGGGUUGCCUGAGCUCCCUUUUGCCUGGAGCUGCUGAGCAGAGGGGUUUAUGGGGGGCUCCCGGCGCUGUCUCGUGCAAGGACGCCGAGAGCUUCUCCGAGGGUCUGGGGGAACACCUGGAUACGCCCUUGGAUGCGUGGAGCAUUGCUCAAAGGAGGUGCAGAGGAACAAAGCUCCGUGCCGGGAAGCAGCAGCCGAACAGUUGAUGUACGGUGCGGGAUAGGGUGAACUGCUUGCACGUUCUGGCUCUCGGUUCAGCCGUUGAUGAAUUCCUUGGGAUUUCUCGCCUGACUUGCCGCAGAUGCUGAAGAGGAUUUAGAAGAGAAAAAUUGAGGGCGGGAUGGAAUCCAUCGCUGGGAUUUGGCUCCUGCUGCUGCUGCCCAGUGCCACAGGAUUUCACCUCCCUCCCUUCACCGAGGUGAAAUUCCUGCAGGAACCUUCGGACGUCGUCGUCACCCGCGGCUCCGACCUCAUCCUGGAAUGCUCUGUGGAGUCUGACGGAGAAAUUUUGGGAAUAUUCUGGAAAAAAGACGGGAAAAUUUUGGAUUUGGAGGAGGACGAGAGGAGGAAGCAGCUGGGGAAUGGAUCCCUGUGGAUCCGGAACGUUCUGCACUCGCGGCAUCACCAACCCGACGAGGGGAUUUACCAGUGCGGCGUGCGGCUGCGGGGAGGAGGGGCUGGGGGCAGCCGCGAGGCCAAAGUCAGCGUGGCAGGGCCGGUGCGCUCGGUGUGGCAGGCGGACUCGGUGCCAGCCGUGCCAGGAGGUUGCGUCCUCCUGCAGUGCCAGUGGCAGGGGGAGGGCUCGGGGCCCAUCCGCUGGCAGCGGGAGCAGCGCGAGGUGCCCGGCGGUGCCAGGGUCGCCAUUUUGCCCUCGGGGACGCUGCAGAUUUGCAAAGUGGAGCCCGGAGAUGCUGGGAGUUAUCGGUGCCUGCUUGGGAAUUCCCAACAUUCCCAACAUUCCCAAGGGGUCAGGAUUGGGAGUGACGUGGAGCUGAAGGUGGUGGAAGAUCCCACCAUCCGGCGCUCUCCGCAUUUCCUGCGACGCCCGAGCGCUGUCAGCGCCCGCCAGGGCGGCGACGCCGUCCUCGAGUGUUCGGCCUCGGGGCUUCCGGAACCUUCCGUCACGUGGCUCCGGGACGGUGACGUCAUCGCCAUCAGCUCUCCCAAAUAUUCCCUCCUGGCCGGGAGCAACCUCCGCAUCAGCAACGUCACUUCUGCUGACUCAGCGCUUUACACCUGCCUCGUCGAUUUCGGUGACACCAACGACAGCGCCAGCGCCCGCCUCGACGUCCUGGUUCCUCCAUUUUUCCUGGUGCGUCCGUCCAACCUCUAUGGGCGCGAGCGCUGGGACGUGGAGCUGGAAUGUUCCGUGGGAGGAAACCCCACACCGAGCGUGCAGUGGCUGAAAAAUGGAGAGGUCGUGAUACCGGGAGAUUAUUUCCAGAUUGUGGGUGGCAGCAAUUUAAGGAUUUUGGGUUUGGUAAAAUCCGACGAGGGAUUUUAUCAGUGCAUGGCCAGGAACGAAGCUGGGAGUUCCCAGAGCAUCGCCCAACUCAUCGUCCCUCGAUCCUGUUUUAUCCUAUUUUUACCUCCUUUUCCCCCUCUCCUCUCAGCUAACCUCUUCCCGCUCUUUUUUCUCUCCUCAGAGCUGGCUGGACACCCGCCCUCCUCCCCUCAGCCCCCUCAGGACCUGAGGGCCUCGCUCGUCUCCAGCCGCUUCAUCCGCCUGACAUGGCGCCCGCCCGCCGAGCCCCGCGGGAGCCUCCUGCACUACACCGUCCUCUACUCCCACGAAGGAGCGGCCAGGUCGGCAAUUUUCCCUUGGGAUUUGGGAAAAUCUGGGAAUUUUGUGGGGUUUUGGAAAGGAGCCUUGAACACCUCCCAACCUGGAAUUUCUGUGGGCAAUUUGGAGCCAGAAAAUUCCUACAAAUUCCGAAUUUUCGCUUCCAACCAAUUUGGAGCUGGCAAAAUUUCCCCAGUCCUGAGAAUUUCCACCCGUCCUGAACCCCAAACCCCCGGCCCUGUGGAGAAUUUCCGAGCUUUUCCAGUUUCUCCCACUUCCAUCCAGAUCUUUUGGGAUCCUCCUGCAUUUUCUGACCCUCCCAUCCUGGGAUUUCGCCUCUUCUGGAAAGAAACAGAAACAGGAAAAGAACAGUCCCUGGACGUCUCCGGCCGCUCGUUCCUCCUGGAGGGGCUGAGGAAAUUCCAGGAAUAUCGGCUGAGAAUUUUGGGAUCCAACCGGCACGGAGAGGGGUGGUGGCAGCGGCAGGAGAUCUCUGUGACCACCUUGUCUGAUGUUCCCAGCGAGGCUCCUCAGAACGUGUCCUUGGAAGUGGUGAAUUCCAGGAGCAUCAGGGUGAGCUGGCAGCCUCCCCCCCCGGGCUCCCAGAACGGGUUCCUCACCGGCUACAAAAUUCGCCAUCGCAGAAGUUCCAGGAGAGGAGAAACGGAAACUUUGGAACCCAACAACCUCUGGUACCUCUUCACAGGUGGGCAAAAAAUCCCCCAAAAAUUCCCCAAAAAAUCCAAUUUUUAAUCCCUAAAAUAUUCCUAAAAAUUCCCCAAAAAAUCUCUGAGAAUUCAAAAAAAAUUCCCCAAAAACUGCCCCAAAAUUCCUUCAAAAAUUCAGUAUUUAAU